AUGGCUGACGUCAUGUUAAACCACCUGAACAAACUACUGCUACAGAUUGUGUUUGAGCUGCAGCAAGCAUCUUACUCUAAGGAACAUUUGAGGCAACAGAUACAGAUAUAUGCUGCAAAUACUGCAGAGAAAAAGAUUGAGAUCUGUCAGCUACAAGAAGAAAUUAACAAGAAUGCAGAGGCAAUUGCUAUCCUACGCAAAAGAAACAGUAGCUGUAGAGAGAAUUGUAAUGUCUGGAAACCAACAUACAUGAUUCUUAGUCAGCAUGAAGAAAAUUUGCAGAAGGAACUUCAGAAUCACCAGGAAUCAACAGAAAAAGACAAGAAAAUGUACCAGGAUUACGCAACUCAGUAUCAAGAGACUUUUAAACAGCACCAAGAAAAAUAUUUAGCAACUCCCAUUGCUCAGGAAUAUCUCCAGGAAAAAAAUGAAUUUGAAGAAAUCCAAAAGCGAGUUCUGAAACAGUCUGAGCUACUUAAACAGAAAGAAGCUGAAGUGAUAGAGCUUCGAGAACCUGGUCCAUUCCAGUCACUUUCGCAGUGGGCAUUACAGAUUGCUUCUUUGAGGCACAACACAAAAGAAAUUCUUACACGUGCAGUGGUUCUCAGGCAGCAAUCACUUGAACUAGAAAAAACAGCAGAAGAGCUACAAAAGAAAAUUAAUUAUUUCAAACAGCUAUUUUCUUCUUUCAGCUUGUUCAAAGAGAGUCACCAUGUGUUAAAAGAGAAACAUCAGAUGUAUGAAUCAUUACAGCUUCCUAGCAUUUGUCAGAAAUUAGUCCGAAGUUUCUCAACUCUGAAGCCAUUGGUUCAGCAAACACAGAGAGGUAUGGAAGAGAGAAAAGAUUUUGCAGGACAUUCAGCAGUGACCAGUAUAUACUUCAGCCAUGUAGAAAAUGAAAGACAGAUAUGUAAUGACACCAUAGGAACUAACAUAGCAAAAAAUGCCCAGCUUUCAUCUGUAACAAGCUUGCAAAACCAAACACCACUAAGGUUGCUAUCUUAUCAGAAGCAAACAAACAACAGGCAGUGGUUUGAGGCUGAGGCUGAGGCUGCAGAAAUAGGGACCUUCAAGAGGGAUGAGCAGGCAACAACUGACUGUCAUUUUGCAGAAAGAGAAGACGAUGCUGUAAGCUUUCCAAGAACUCCAGAGCCUAACAUACUUCCAAAGACACCUGCUUCUAGUAGGGUGGAAACUCCAUUGGAACUAACUCCAUCAAAAAGUGAAGGAUCAAUGUCAAAGUCGCCUGCUUUUCCUUUCCUUUCUAGCUUUACUGCAAAGUCCCCUGGAUUUAAUUUCUUUGAUUCUUCUGUACUUGGAGCGGAAACUUCACCAGGCCAUCAGUUAGGUGAAAGCUAUUCUGGAAAUUUAAAUCCUAUUUCAUCACACAAAGAUAUUGGAAAUUUAUUUGGGAAAAUGGAGAAUGAUGAUUCAUUUGCAUUUUCUUUUCCGUCAUGCUCUUCCACUCAAGCUUUUCAAAAUGGGAAAGACGACUUCAGUUUUCCUUUUGCUUUUGGGUCAUCCCAGGCUGCCUCACUAAAAGGCUUUCAAUCUACACCACAAAGCAGAAAGUCAUUUUCACUUUUUUAA